CGUCUUUUAUCGGGUGUAGUUUGACGUGCUGGACGCUCCUGCUAGCUGCAGGGCCUGAGUGGGAACGCGGAAGAGUGGGAGUGGGAAUGUUCAGGCUACCAUCCUUUGUUUACCUUCAUGAGUGUACCUUCAAAUUGGUUGCUACAACAACCGCAGCCCCUAAAGUGUGUCUCUAAUUUGAUUUAAACGGAACCGUUGCACUCCUGAGCCUGCGGGAUAUUAUAAAGGUGAAUCUGUGUGGUGCUGUGCCAACCUGAGCCUCCAGAGGGCGAUGUCUGACAGCAGCAACAGCACAGGCAGCACUGGCUCCUCCACCAACAGCUGGACCCUCCUCUCUCCUGAGGAGGCUGCCAUUGAGAAUGUUGGGCCUGCAGACGACGGCACAGAGAGUCUGGGCGAUGCCCCCAGUCUCUCUGAAGAGGUGGCAGGAGCUGCAGCAGAAGAGAAACCAGCUGAGCUUCCAGUAGAAACGGUCUUGUCUGAAGAAGGCCAUCAGGUGUGUCAGGAAACUUCCCCAGAGUCUGGCGAGGGUCCGAUCCCUUCCAGCCCGUCCCGACUGAGCCCUCUCCCCUCCAAUCCUCUGGAUACCUCGUACAUCGACACGGAGAGUCAGCCCCCGGUCAUCCACGACAUCGUGACCACCUCUCCCAGCGACAACGAGCCUCAAGGUGCCAUGCCUUUGGUCAGCAGCAUCGAUCUGGCCGCUCAGCUGGAAAUCCCAGCUGUUGAUAUUCUGCUAGCGGACCCCACCGAGGUUCCCCCUCUCGUGACGGACGCCUCCGAGGCUGCGCUCCACACGCCCACUGAUUCUGAACCGACGCCUGCGAGUGCAGUUGCCGGGAGUGACGUCUGGAGCUUUCAACCUAAGGUUAACGUUCCCACGGAGACCCUUACAGCCGCUGAGCCUCCGCCUCAUGUCGAGGCUGAGGUCAGCUUUGCUGCAGAGCCUCCCAGUCCGGUCCCAGAGCAGCUGAAGACUGGAGGAAGUCCUGAGCCAGAGACGGUCGGCUCUGCUGAAGCAGAAGAAGACGUGGCUGAUGCUGAGAAAGAGGAAGAAAUGCCAUCCGAGUCACAGAAGGUGGAUGAAGAAGAAGAGGAAGAUCCGUCCAACAGCAUGGAGAUGGGUGAAGUGAACGGCUUUGAUGAUGGACUAAGGAGGAGGAAUGUUCCCUCCUUUGAAGCGCCAAGACCAAGAACCUCCGAUGAGGAGGACGACGAAGAGGAGGUUGAGUUCAAGAUGGCGGAGAAAAAGGAGGACAAGCCGUGGUUCUCCAUGAACAAAUGCAUUGUGGCUGCUUUGGUCCUGCUCUUCUUAGGUUCCCUGUUUCUGUCAGGGGACAUUGACGGCCCUGAAUUGACUGGCGAAGACAAGGUCAAAGACCAAAUGCAGGACUGGCUUUGCAGAGAUCCACAGGAUAUGAAAGGGCUGCUGGAUGAAAUAACAGAGCAAAUCACUCAUCUGGAGACUCAAAUUCAGCUUAGGAAAGAACAACUUGAUUCGGAGAUUCAGGCGUUGGCUGAGAGCGACAAUGAACAGGACAAAGCUGGUCUGGACGAGAGGAAGUUGAAGCUGAAGGAGGAGCUGGCGACCCUGCCUAAGCUGAGCACAGAGCUGGAGAGUCUGCGGGCCCGAGUGAAUGAAUACAACCAGUUCGCAGGAAUGGCGUCGUCUGCUCCCACUUCAUCUUCUGAGUCUGAUGCCGAAGACGCUCAGAGCUCCCAGACAGCAGCCGGACCAGAGAGGAAGCAGGACGAAACGCUGGAGGAAGAGCUCCACUGUCAGAAGGAUCUGUUGGACGACAUCAAGAAAAGACUGGGAGGGAUGCAAAAGGACAAUGGGGAUGGGAAGCAGGUUUGGGAGAACCUAGAUGGGAUCCAGAAGCAGCUUUCCAAAGAGGUGGAGAGUUGGGAGAAGGCGAAGCCACAUGGGCCAAAAUGGAAAGGGAAGAAAGAGAAAAAACAGGAGCGGGACCACUGGAAAAAAGAGGAGAAGGACAAGGAGUGGAAGCACAGCAAGGAAGAGAAGAAGGAAAAGGAAAACUCUCACAAAGAGUCCUGGAGGAAACACCAGGACGAGUGGCAGAGGAGGAAGAGCGAGCGCAGAACGGACCGGGACGAGAGGAGGAAGGAGAAGCCGUGGCACAGCCGGCCGGGGAAAAACUCCCAUCAGCCCCGGCAGCCGCACCACCAUCAGCACCACAACGACUUCUGGAGGGACCAGGAGCUCAAGCUGCACCGCAACGUCCGCCCCCAGCUGGGCUGCUCCUCCCUGGAGGACUGCGCCUCCAGGGAGGGUCUGUACCCGGUGGAGCUGGCCGAGUUCGAGGAGCUGCUGGAGGGCUACCUGAGCAAGCUGGAGGGCUCCUCCAAUGAGAGCAAGGACAAGCUCCGCAAGGUCACCGCCGACUUCUUCGAGGACGGCGUCUUCAUCCACGACCGCGUGCGCUUCGGGGACUUCGCCGAGGACGUGGCGGACGUCCUGGAAGACAUGGUGGACGUCAUGGAGGGCAGCCACUCCCUCGAGGAGGAGAUGGAGGAGUUCGAGCGGGAGGCGCUGUGGAAGUUUGCCGCCACAGCUUAACAGCCAAGAAGGAUUCAAAAGCAUUAAAACCCAAGAACAGUUCUCGUGGUGGUUUUGUAGGACAUUUCCCUUCCUUCUCCUCCUCUUCUGAGCUGUAGUUGUCGUAGCUUUUGGUACGAACUCCUAAUUGUGUCCCUGAAAGUCUCUAAUUAUAAGCUAGACUGUGUUUGUCAUUUUGGGCUUAGUUGUUACCUACCUCUGUCCCAGUCAUGGCUCCUGAUUCAGAGUAACCGUAAACUGUGUGACGUUUUUUUGUUUUUUUUCUUCUUUGCUUUAAUCUGUGCAUGUUGCAGUGAAGUGAAUUUAAACCCAGAUCAGACAGGAAGCGACAUGAAGUCGAUCAGUAUUACCCAGUAAAUCAUUCUUCCAGUUAGUUCUCCAGUCUGAGGAGAUCCUGCUGCGUUCGGCGAUCAUUAUCAGAUCAGGUCCGACCGGUUUCUUUGUCAGCAUUCUUUUUUUUUUUUCCACCUAGCACACAGAGAAGGAGAGAGAUCUGUUAUGAGCCUCCAGCAUUUUUUGUUGAAUCUGACUCACCUCUGAUCUGUUGACUCAAUUUCUGCUCCUGGAGAAAAAAGCAAUAGCAAAGAGUCGAGACUUCUUAACCACUUUCGCACUUUUCCUCAAGCAUGUCGGACACAUUUCCUCCACUGCUUUCUGUAACACAUAAAAACACUCAGACCAGUCUGGGUUAUUAAACAUGGAUAACUUCCUUCAGCUCAUCUUCUGAUGCAGCAGAAUUAGUUCUGCAGCCAAACCUGUAAUUUUCCUCCUCUUGUUUUGUUCAGAAGUUUGAGUUGACUUGCAUGCAGGUGAUUUAGACGUUGUUUCCAGAGUUCAGUUUCUAAAAGACAUGAAAGCAUUUAAUUUUCACACAUCUGGUGAAAGUGAAAAACAGCACAAAAGACAAGACUGAAAAGUUCAUAGUAUGUUCCUUUUACUUUCACCGGUUCCCCUUUGUGUUGAUGUGAAGUUAGAGCCGUCGGGUCGGGAUUGUUCAGAGAAGCUCCGGCGUGAUUAUUUAUUCUGUCACUUCUUCUCCUGUCGUUGGUAUGAAUCCGAGGAGCGACGGACUCUGUCCCGGGCCGUUCACGCUGAAUGUUGAAGCAACCUUCGUUUACGUUGCGUACCAGCUGCUGCUUAUGUGCCUUUACCACAAUAUGAAUAACUCCGAUUGGACCAGAGGUCUCUGAUUUCACUGACUUCUGCUAGAAGAGGAAGGAGUUUUGGUGACUUUUAAUUUGUCCUGCUGUUUGCAGGGCAGAGAGUCAAUGUUAGGGAGUUUACUUGUGAGGUAUUGUGCUGGUUUAUUUCUGAAGAUCUGCUUGACCAAAGGUGUUUGAAGGAGUCCUCAAAGCACAGAUCGAAGUGAGAGCUUAAUCGAUAUUUGAAAGUGUUUCUGUGUCCGCGGGGCGACAAUAGGGCCUAACGGAUGUGAAUUUAUUUGACCCCUGGGCAAAUAUAAUUUCUUUCAUCAUCAGUUGUCUCCUGUUUUGACAAAACAAAUGUUGAGUUCAAUAAAUUUUUCACCAUUUUG